UCAUCCCACUGACGUGUGCUAAGAGUGAGAGCUCGCGUUUUGAAAUUAUUUUCCAUUGCUAACGUGGAAAAUUCAUGUCAAUUUAUGAAUUGAACUUGAAAUAUUUAUUUCAAUAAAGACAACAAAAAAAGCGCCUCAGGUAUAUUCAUUCAUAACUGUGUGUGAAAAUUAAGGCCAUACGAGCUUUAAUCAUGUCCGUAACUAAAAGAAAAAAUGUGCCCGAAAAGGAGGAAUUGAUUGAAAACGGUACUGCACCUAUAAACACUGGUCAAAGUAACAUAAAAGGAGAUGAACUCAAUAUCGCCGUACUAUUAUUUCUGUACACUUUGCAAGGUAUUCCCCUGGGCCUCGCUGGAGCUGUGCCUAUGCUUUUACAAAACCGGGGAAUCACCUACACACAACAGGCAGAAUUCAGCUUUGUAAAUUGGCCCUUCAGUGUCAAAUUAUUAUGGGCUCCAAUAGUUGAUGCACUAUUUUGGCCAAAGUUUGGCCGACGCAAGACUUGGCUGGUGCCCGUGCAGUACCUCAUUGGCAUCGUCAUGAUCAUCAUGUCAAGCAGCAUCACAGACUGGCUAGGGUCUGAUGAAAAAUCUCCCAACAUGAUACUUCUCAUAGUCACAUUUUUAUUUUUGAACUUUUUGGCCGCUACUCAAGACAUAGCAGUAGAUGGCUGGGCUCUGACUAUGUUAAAAAGGUGCAAUGUAGGGCAUGCCUCCACCUGUAACACAGUAGGACAAACCGCUGGCUUCUUUCUUGGCUACGUCCUAUUCCUGGCCCUAGAAUCUCCAUAUUUCUGCAACAAGUAUCUCAGAAUCGUCCCAGAAGACGUCGGCCUCGUCACUCUAGCCAGUUUCCUAUUCUUCUGGGGAUGGAUCUUCAUUGUCUCUACUACUCUGAUAGCAGUCUUCAAACACGAGGCCAAAGAAACGGAUCACAAAGAGAACGAGACUAAAGGAAUGAGUGACAUUGUUGAUGCCUACAAACAAUUGUAUACUAUUGUGAAAUUGCCUGCCGUUCGGACUUUAGCGCUAGUUCUAUUCACAGCCAAGCUUGGUUUUUGCGCCAGUGACGCAGUUUCCGGUCUCAAGUUAGUAGAGGCUGGUGUGCCGAGGGAAGACAUGGCGUUGUUGGCCGUGCCACUAGUCCCAGUUCAAAUUAUACUACCAGUGUUACUAGCCCGCUACACGACGGGGCCCGCGCCGCUCUCUCUAUGGCUGCACGCGUUCCCGUUCCGACUGAUGGUGGGUCCGCUGGCCGCUGGUCUAGUGGCCCUGACGCCCUCGCUGCUCGGGGACUCCGGGCCUUCUUACUCGUACCUUUUGGUAUUGAUGGCUUUGUACGUCUUUCACCAGACCUGUCUCUACUGCAUGUUUGUGGCAGUGAUGGCUUUCUUCGCCAAAGUGUCAGACCCGGCGGUCGGUGGCACCUACAUGACGUUACUCAACACUGUAUCAAAUCUGGGGACCAACUGGCCUAACACUUUAGCCCUGUGGGCUAUAGACCAUUUGACUUUCAAGAGCUGUUCACUGCCUGAGAUGAGCGACAAUACUUGCUCUUCGAAGCUUGAAAGUGAUCUGUGUAAAAACGCCGGAGGCACCUGCCUUACCCGAAUCGACGGGUUCUACAUAGAAACGGCCAUCUGCCUCGCCGUGGGUUAUCUCUGGCUACAGUGGGGCCGCCCCACCAUCAACAGGCUGCAGCGCCGGCCCGCCUCGGCGUGGCAAGUCAGGUCGCUAAGAUAAGACUGUUUUAAUUAUAAUAGCCCCACAAGAAAUUUGGCAGUGGAAUUUGAAUCUUACGAAAUGAAAACAGAGUUGAAUUUGGUUUGUCGUACAAUCGAACGGAAAUAUAUGCAACUCUGUUCCAAGUAAAAUUGAUUUAAAUUACAUUGAGUGUAAUUAGUAGGUCUCAAACUGGGAAUAUGACUAGUAUUUUUUGAUGUUGUUUAGGCAGGUAAAUGUAUUUGUAUUUCAAUGUAAUAAUUAAUUAUUUGUCAGCAUCGGGAGCCGUCGGGUGUUAAAAAAAAACAGUACAGUUAUAGUACCUACCAACAUAGAUCAAGGAAUACUAGAUUUGUGGUGUUGAUUUUCAGACUUUAGUACUUGACUAACUACAUACCCCUUUAUUCAUAAACGCGCCACAAACCUCAAUUAGCUAAUAAUCGUUUGUCCUGAUCUGUCAUAUUGACUUAUGUAUUUGUAAGAAAAGGAUAAAACUUAAUUUAACUAAAUCAGGCCCGUAUUUUUUUUUAAUAAAGGGGAUAGUGUAUAACCCUAGUUACAUUACACUUCACGACGUCACAGAAUAAAUAAUAGUACUAGGUACAGAAGACUCACUCUCUAACAAAACGCGUCUGUCACGAUCAGCACAGAUAUGGCCGCUAAGUGGCGACAGCGCCACGCGCGGCUUAUGGCAAACCCCAAAAUUGGGGUCGAACGGAUGUAAAUUUAGCUACCUGUAGCAAAGCGACGAAAUCGCGGAGUGAGCCACGCCUGACGACGUCGAUGUUAUUACGUUACGUUGAGGCACGGAUAAUGCCGCCUAAUGAGCGGGGUCGUACGGCGCCACCCUGCCGUCCCAUGAUGUCAAGUAGAUGUAUACAUAUUAUUCCUUUCAUCAACUCUACUUAACUACGUAUAAUUAUAGUUCGUUUUUUUUAGCAUUAGAAAGAACUCCACAGAAGCAAGCGUGCAGUUUUUAUCAGGCUCUUUAAUUGUUAAUAAUUAUUGAAUUAUCUAAUAUAGCAUGGUCAAUACAUAUAAUUUACUUCAAAUUAUUACCGCUAAAAGUGCCGGAUUUGGAACCACAAGCUUACUUCUGCGAAGUUCUUUCUAAUGCUAAAAAAACAAACUAUAUAUGACAGUUUAAUUUUGUAUCGUCUUGUAUCAAUUUUAUCAUUUAGGGCCCUACCACACUGGCGACUCGCUCGCAAAUCGUCAGUGUGAUAGGGCCCAAACGCUCUUCCGAAUUAUUAGUGAAUUAUAACUACUUUAAGUAAAAGGAAUCAGUGUACGGAAAGGUAUACCCAUAUUAUUUUAAGGUCAGUCAAACAUGGACCUUAUGUUUAGGUACAUAGAGUGCCGAAUCGUUUAAUGUGUUCUUUUCUUGAUGAUCGGUUACUUAUUUCAUAAUACAAGAAUGUAUUAAUUUUCAGCAGCACUGG